ACUUAAAUAUUAACACAUUCUGUUAUGUGAUCUUCAGGACAUAGCCUUCAUUGUAGAAAUGGAUACCAAGAUUUUGGAAGAUAUCGUGCACCUCCUGCAAGAUGUUCAAUGGCUGUAUAACUUUCCUGUAACACAGAUUUUUACAAGAAAUGUGAUUUAUCAAAUGCCAGGAGAUUGGAGAGAGGCAUUAACUGAACUUCCCAUUGAUGAAUUAAACUUGAUUCCCCAGUGUAAGAGCCAGGACUAUUGGCCAACUUCCCUUCAGUCGUUUUUGGAGAGAUGUAAAAGACUUUCACUGCAGCAGUUGGUGCUACACCAAUAUGGGCCAUCUACAGCACCAUUAACACACACUUCCCACACACUACAGCUGCCUCAAGAAUUUUCUCGUGGAAUGUCGCUGAAAAAGAGGCAUGAAGUCUCAGCUCUGUUGAGCUUAAUGAAGAACCUUUCAGAAAGCACUCAAAGUUCUCACGUCUUGGAUGUUGGAAGUGGCAUAGGAUACAUCGACUCUCUUCUUCAUCAUUCACUAAAGCUUACAGUUUUUGGUGCUGAAAGUGAGGAUAAGAAUGUGAGAAGUGCAAAUAAUAGACACCAGCAGCUCUCAGGCAAGUGUAAAGGUGUCAGACACUUUACUUGGACCCUGGCAGAUGAUGAGGUGACCAUUGAGAAAGCCAAGCAAGUGAUAAUAGAAUUAAUUCAUUUAAAUGAAAAUUGCACUUGUCAACACAAAAAGUCAUGUUCAUUAUCCAGUAAUGCAAGUGAAAAUUUACUAAUGACUGUUGACAAUGAACCUGAAACUGAAGUAUCCUCCAUAAACAGGGAUAAUGCAGAGACAGUGGUGCCUGCAGAUGUUUGUCAGCCCCACAGUUCUGCUAUACUUCUUGGUCUUCAUGCUUGUGCAGAUCUCUCCCCUGUCAUGAUCAAAAUAUUUAAAGAGUGUCCACAAGUCUCCUCACUAGUAUUACUGUCAUGUUGCUACCACAAAAUUCAUCCAGCAAAUAUCCCAAAAAAUUCUUUGGGAAAUGAAAGCAACUAUUGUGAUGGCUCUGAUCCAUACAUGAAAGUUGAAACAAGUUUUGAAAAAGUUUGUUGUGAUACAACUGAGAGAGAAGGUUCCAUUGCAAAUGAAGUUAGUUUUGUAAAUUUCCCCAUGAGUGCUGCUUUAAGAAACAUGCUAAAUCAAAAUGACUUUAACAUGUCAGUGUUUGGUCUCCGACUUGCGGCGCAAGAGUCGGGUUUGCGAUGGAGGCAGCAGACAUCGGAAGAUCAUGAAAAUCAUAAGAAAAAUGUUGCAUAUAGAGGACUUCUUGAAGUUUUUUGCAUCAGAGAGGGCUUCACCUUGAGAAAACUUAGACGUCGUUGUGUAAGAAAAUCGCAGUUUGAAGGCUUCAGUGAUUACAUCAAAAAUGUUACCAUGAAUUAUGAGUUUAUAUCAUCAGAUGGUGCUGUACAUAUAGCAAGAGGUAAUGAAAAAAAUGUGCCUCUUGAAGACACUAUAUUAUCUUUUCAAAGAGGAGAAAGUAAUAAAAUAAAUUAUGAUGAAAACACAUUCAAAUCUAUGGAUUCAACAUCUUGCCAAGAUCAUAAUAUAUCAGCAACAGGAGAAGUACUGAACAUAACUCAAGACUACAUUAAAAAUGCCUUGGAAAAAUGUUAUGAAGAAUUUCAGCACUUGUUCCCAUUGAUUGAGCCGAUCACUGGUCUACAGUUGGCCUUACAGCCAGUGAUGGAAGCAUUAGUAUAUGUAGACCGUUUAGUCUACCUCAAAGAAAGUGGUUAUACUAAUGUUUGGUUAGAAAAGGUUUUUGAUGCUGAAGUUUCACCCAGAAGUGUUGCUCUGAUUGUUGUGAGAUGAAUAAAAAGCUUUACUUACAUUAUUUCUAAUUAUCCUUUAACAAUAACUGUGUAUACUGCAUAAAAUGAAGACUUUGUAUUAGAUCUGUGAAUUUAACAUGACUUUGACCAGAAUAUGGUGAGAAUUAGCCAUAUUAGUUUUUUAAUACAUUUUCUGUAAUCAGUCAGUAACUGUAUUUUUAGGAAUGCUGCACAGUGAAGAUGAGACUGCUUAAUUAAAAAACCUGUCCAUCAGAAGGAAUUAAACUUUGUUUCCUUCUUCAAAUCGAAUCUAUCUCCAUUUAACCUCUUUAUUAGGAACAUUUCUUGGUGAAUUUCAGCUCCUAGGUAUAAGGGAACAGGAUUGUUAUUGGCUGUCCCCUCAAGGAAGGCUCCUUGAUGUUGGUGAGGGGCUCUUGAUUUAGGGAAUUGGAUCUGUGCUCCAGUUCCCCGAAUUAAGCCUGAAUGCCUUCCACAUCCCCCCUCCCCUGGGCGCUGUAUAAUCCUACGGGUUUAGCGCUUCCCCCUUGAUUAUAAUAAUAAUGUUAUUGGCUGUGUUCCAUCAUGGACCUUGAUGUCGUGCUUCACGCCUCCUUGCAUGAUGGAAGUAUUACUAGCGGCUGUCUUUCUAAUCUGGGAGUUACACCAUGUAUCUUUACAUACCCUCAAGUGAGAUGCCUAUUGUCACUUUCCAUGAUGAUGAACAGGAUGACUGUAGACAGUAUGCCUAUCCCAUAUCUGUUUCCCAUAACUCCAGCUAGUGGAGCUGCCUCUGUGGACCUGUUUCCUAGAGCACCCACCAAGGGGCUGGGCACUGAGGUGAGCCCAUGUGACUAGUACCCGUUCUCACUCAGAAGACAGCCUACAGACAAGAACUCCCUCCUCUCACUCUCCUACUAGGUUGGUGCCUGGUUAGGGCAUCAAGAACCCAAAUAAAUUGAAGGUAUGCCUCCAAAGAGUAUUCACCACACCAGAGAGGUAUAAACUGUUGAUGUAUAACAGUCUUACCCUUCUCAGCACUAUCAACACCUUGUCACAAUCUACAGAUGUUUCUUCCUCAAUUCAAGUUGUAGCAUUGUUCUCACUCCCAAUACUGUAAUCCAGCAAGAAUUUACACAAUGUGGCCCCACAAGGGAGGUCCUUAGAUGUGAGUGAGGGAUCUUGAUCUAAGGAAUUGGUCCUGUGCUCCAGUUCAGUAGGCAUUAUGAAUCAUAUGGGUUUGGCAUUCCCUCUAUAAAUAUAAUAAUAAUUAUAAAAUAAUAUGCAAUGUGCUCCAGGCAUUUAGGAGCAAAAUAGCUCCCUUGGCUCAGUAGGCCUCUCACACAGUAGGUACCUGGCUGUUAGUCAACUGGCAUGGGUUGCAUCCUGGUGCACCCUCUCAAGGGAGGUUCCUUGAGAGGGUGCUCUUGAUCUAGGUAAUUGUAUCUGUGCUCUGGCUCCCUGAAAUGAUCCUGAAUACCUUCCAUCCCUCCCCCCACAUGAUUAUAUAUAAUAAUGCAUCCUGGUGAACAAGAUUGAAGUGCCCCAAUGGAAAUAAGACAAACAGUCCUCGAUGACAAACUGACUUUCUUGGGUUAUACUGGGUGGUUCACCCAGGAUCACCUCCACUGUUUACUCUGCCCCUUUUCUCUUCAUCUUCACUCUUUCUUGACUUCUAACUUUUAUCUUUCCCCUUGGAAGGUUCCAGGAGUUUGUCUCUUCUUCCCCACUGCCAUGCACAAAAGCUCAAAUACCUACAGUAGCUUCUUCCCUUUUUCUUAACCACUUCUAGUCUCAUUCUCGUACCGUUGCAAUUUAUACCGAUGGUUCUAAAUCCUCUGAUGGUGUCGGGUUUGCAGCAAUGUUCCCGGACAGUGUUGUGCGAGGUUAUUUAUUAGACUUGGUUAGCAUUUUCACAGCUGAACCGUAUGCAGUUCUCAUAGCAAUUAUUCGUAUUGGAUCCAGGCCUGCCUCAACAUUUGUGGUAGUCUCAGACUCCUUUAGUGCUUUGCAAGCUAUCAAAAUAUUUAAUUCACCUCAUUCUGUAGUUCUUCAUAUACAACUUAGCUUGUGCCACAUUUCUAGGAAAAAAAAAUAAUUUUCUGCUGGGUCCCUGGUCAUGUUGAUGUUCAGGGUAACUAGCAGGUGAACUCUGCUGCUUGGACAGCGGUACAUGACCUUUCAGUUUCAUAUAGAGGUAUUCCAUUCUCAGAUUAAUUGGCUGUAAUCUCUAGCCACCUUGGCAACCAUUGGCAACAAUGUUGGUCUGAAUUGAUUCAUAAUAAAUUACACUAUCAAGCUGAGUUUAGGAUCCUGAUCUUCUUAUCAUUGGUAUCGUGGUUGGGAGAAUAUACUUUCCCAUCCUCACAUCAGGCAUACACAUCUCACUGAAAGGUAUCUCAUGGAGAGGCGCCCAUUUCCACUGUGCGAUUUGUCAGGUUGCAAUUUCAGUUUGCCAUAUUCAUUUGAACUGUCCUCUCUAUCAGUGACCACGAAGAAUUUACCUCCAUCAUUAUUACCGUUCUAAGACCCUUACCUUAACUUCCCUCUCAGUUGAUGGCCCCCCCUUUGACACAGACUCCUUCUUUGACUUUUUGACAGCAACAGAUUUAUUACUCAACCUUUAAUUAUACUUCUUUUAGCACUUCUCACCGCCCUUACAAACUCUAGCCUGCAGCGCAGUGUGAUCCCUGUGGGUUUAGCACUUAGUUUUGAUUUUUAAUAAUCUCUUAUCACCAAAGUGGAAACAUGUUUGCCCCGCUUAAGGUUGAAGCCCUUAUCUAAUCUAUGUUGCCAAAUAGACCUUUGAUUGCUGGGACCUUCCAUCCUUGGUUUAUGUAGUGGGUUAGAGCUUAUAAGUGCAGGAACUGCACUCAACAGUUCACCAGUGCCAAAUGUUGCAGAUCUGCAGAAUGUCCAGUCUUCAUUGCAGUCAAUAAUGCUAAUCCAUCCUGAAUCCAACCCUCCCCUACCCCACCCCUCUUUACCUUAACUGUGGAGAAUGUCAUCCUGCAUAUUCCUGCUGAUUUCCAGUAUUCUUAAAAGCAAAAUCUGCUGUCUCAAAGAGAGGUUAUCAUACACUAUGGUGGUAAUUGAACUCCGUUUCCAAUAACAGCUUCAUGGCUUUCUUCCUUCAGGGCUAAUUGGUUCCACAGGACCCUGUUGUACCCUCUCCCAGGCAUCCUUUUAUCCAAAUCUUAUGAAGUCCUCACCUCUGAUGUUUCUACCUCGUAGUGAGACUGACACGAGGGAUGUCAAAGAGUGCCUUGUGUCUUGUAUUGUGACUGUGCAUGCGUUCUCUUGUAGCUAUCAAGGAUAAGUUUAAGCGGAGGGUUUAUGUUGGAGUUUUAUGUUCUGUAUAUGUAGUAGGCACAAUAAUAUGAGUGUGUCUUGUAUAUUUAGUAGGUUCAGGCUUUUGAAAAGUGGUUUGGUGUGCUGUCUGGCACAGGAGCUGGUAAUCAUCUGCACAGUUGAGAGCCUUUGUAUGGAGGCACAUGUCCCAUCUUUGUAAGGUCGAUGUAAUGUCCGUUAUCUUUUGCUAUUUUUUCUGAUUUGUAUGCCCAGUUGGGGUUUAUAUAUUGUGUUGUGUCAUCUUUAUAUCUCAUGACAUGCUGGUGCUAACAUCUAGAGGGAAACAGGCCUACCAAGCUCACCCUGCAUCUCCAUGCCUUGUUCUCAUGCAUCUGAUAAACUACAAACAACAAGUGUACUCACUCUCUCCUUCAUGGGAUUGGACCUGGUUGGCCCCAGGGCCAUUUAAACACGCUGCCUAUUUACCAAGAACCCAGUAAAGAGUAUCAUUCACUGCUACACCAAUCAACACACCCCAAUUUCGUUAAUAUUGGUGGCUUUGUGGUGGCUGCAGAAGCUGUAUUUGCCCGGAGAGAGGAAGAAAUUUGAAGAUGUAGUCUACUUCAUUGCCCAGUGCAAGCAGCAUCUGUUUCUCAAUGAGUUAUUUUGAUGUCAUGUCUGCAAGUCUCAUCAUCCAGACACAGGUACAAGUGGGAACCAGGCUGAAAUUUGCCGAAUUUCUGCAAAUUUCAAUGUCCCACAUUGUUUUCAAGUCACUCAGCAUCACCUGAUGUUGCUUCAGCUCAGCAUGGCUAUUUCAGCAAGUCAGAGGUCAGUUUUGUGGUAUUUUCUGCAUCCACUGUGAUGGAAUUUCCAUAAGUGUGUGGGGUGAGCAGGCAUGGCUGGAGUCCCUCACCUCACCAUACGCCACCACACUCCUACCAUACCUGGAGUUUACCUAAAGAGAGAGUUCCGGGGAUUAACACCCCCACGGCCCGGUCUGUGACCAGGCCUCAUGGUAGAUCAGGGCCUGAUCAACCAGGCUGUUACUGAUGGCUGCAUGCAAUCCAGUGUACCAACCAAAGCCCAGCUGGUCAGGUACUGACUUCAGGUGCUUGUCUAAUGCCUGCUUGAAGACAGCCUGGGGUCUAUUGGUAAUCCCCCUUGUGUAUGCUGGGAGGCAGUUGAACAGUCUUGGGCCCCUGACACUUAUUGAUUAAUGACCCAAUCUAACUUUGUUAUCUUUUAAAUACACUACCUAACAGAAUACUCCAUUCUACUGAAUGUACAGCAAUGCAUGCAACCAUAUGACCUGUCUUUGUAAUACUCAUUUGUGCUUUAUUGUUAUCUGUUUACAAUAAUGUUUUAUCACUGAUUACAUCAUUGCUUAGUGUUAUGAGUAUGGCCAUACCCGUUACAUUUUAUACAAGGAUGUGCUCCUUUAUUUUAUAAUGUAUAUGCUAAUGCCAAUAUUGUAUUAUACUACGUUUUGUUAGCAGUUCUUAAUAUUGUCAUGUAGUGGGAAACCACUAGUGUAAGUGCCGGUUAGCACUUCAGGUACUUAAGUCCCCCUCAGUCAAGUGACCAACGUGACGUCGGCUUACCACUCAGUGGUACCGGCAGUAGGUUCACAGCACCUGCUCAGAGAAGGUUCACAACCCUUGCUCUGAGUAGUUUUAUAGCACUCGCUGAGAGUAUGUCCUUCACACUCACUCUGACUAGCAUUCCCACUUCUAGUCUGGGCUUGCAUAGCCAAGGGAGCAUACCUCACUCAUUGACCUCUCAUAAGAGACAUGUCAAGUUUUCUGUGGUGGUCGUUUUUCUUUCAUGAUUGACUUCCUUCCUUAAGCUUGUAACUUUCGAGUUAUGUAUACUCUGAAUUGAUAGUUCAGAUAAGUCUUUAUAAGCAUUGUAAGUUACUUUGUGGCUAGGUCUUAAUAAGCCUUAUAGAUGCAUAUUAUUGGUGAUUUUAGUACACAGCUCAAUCUCAAGAGGUUCAUAUAUUAAUAUUAAUGUACUGUACGUACCAAGAGAAAUGUAAGAGUUAAACUCCUUAUUUUAUGUUAAUCAUAACAUAUCAUACAUUAAGCUAAAACUCUACUAGUAAAGAUUUUAAGUUUUA